AUGAGUACUCAGCAGCCUCCUCUGCGUUUCACCUCGCACCACUGUCUUCCACACCGUCUCGUCCUCUCUACCCUCCUCGGACGAACAGUACACAUAUCGCAGAUCCGACCCUCGUCACCUACCACCCCGGGUCUGUCACCCUCAGAUAUCUCCUUCCUACGUCUUCUCGAAGCCGUUACGAAUGGCUCGCACAUCGAAAUCUCAUACACAGGCACAGUACUGCUCUACAAACCUGGCUUGAUUACAGGCUCAGCACCAGGCUCGGGCGCAAAUGCCGCAGGCGUGCUACGCCAUGAGGUCCCGGCGAGCAACACGAGGGGCUUGAGCUACUUUUUGCUUCCAAUAUGUCUACUUGCGCCCUUCUCAAAAUCCAAGUUCAACAUCCUCUUCAGCGGCCCAGGUGUGAUCACGUCGAGUGUCGACAAAUGGGGCGAUAUGAGCGUAGACUCCGUACGAACAGCCAUACUGCCUUUGUAUGAGAAGUUCGGGAUCGAGCGCGAUAUAGAGCUGCGUGUCCUUCAGCGCGCCAAUACUCCGUCAUCGAAGGGCACGCAUGCUGGCGGCGAGGUGCAGCUCAUCUUCAAUCACCAGAUCCGUCUGCCAAAGACCCUUCACAUGCUCUCUCCAGGACGCAUAAAGAAGGUCCGCGGUGUCGCAUACUCUACCGGUGUCAGUGGAGGCAAUAACGCUCGCAGCAUCGAGGCUGCUCGAGGAGUGCUCAAUGCCCUAUGUGGAGAUGUCUACGUCUUCUCAGACGUCAGUUCUGCACCCAUGGCCACUGUUCCGAAUGCAGGUGCAUCGGGCGCUGGAAAGCGGAAGAUGAAUCUUGGGUUCGGCCUCAGUCUGGUAGCCGAAUCCAGCACGCGCUGCCUCUUCUCGGCUGACAUGUCUUCACCACCAGAAGGGGGAGUGCCACCCGAGGACAUCGGCCAAAGCUGCGCGUUCAAGCUGCUGGAAAGUGUCCAACGUGGCGGAUGUGUCAGCACCGAGGCUGCUCCGACAAUACUCACGCUCAUGGCUAUGGGCUCGGAGGAUGUUGGCAGAGUUCAGCUAGGCAAGGAUGUGGUCGCGAGCGAGAACGUGAUUCAACUCGCAAGGGACCUACAAGCUUUUGGUGGAGCAGGAUGGGGAUUCCGAGAAGCUGGCGAGGACAAGGCAGAUGAAGUAGUCGUCAGCGUUGUCGGCAAUGGCAUUGGCAAUGUUGGUCGAAAGGUCGGCUGA